GAAAAGAGCAGCCGGGCCGGGCCGGGACCAGAAGAGAUGGAGGUCCUCCUGCAGCUACAGCUGCUGCUGGCUGCUCUGGUGAUGGCGCCGGCCGCCUCGCAGCAGAACUUCUGCUUGAACACAACGGUGCUGAGGACGCAGACGGCCUGUCAUUCCUGCAGCAUCUCCCGGCUGGUUCCCUGUCCAUCAGGAUACAAAAGGACUCCAGGAGGCGUGACCUCCAGCUGCAGGUACGACGUGAAGACCAGCAGCUUCAAGCUAGCCAUCAAGGGCUGCUCCUUCGAGUGCUUCAGGGAGGUGCAGGUGAAGAGCUGCUGUCCAGGUUACUGGGGACCGGACUGCAUGGAGUGUCCCGAUCGGGCCGACCGACCCUGCAGCAGCAGAGGGUUCUGCUCCGACGGGCUGGGAGGGAACGGCACCUGCAGCUGCCAGGAUGGCUUUGCUGGAACUGCAUGUGAGGACUGCGCACCUGGACGUUACGGCCCCACCUGUGGCUCAGAGUGCAGGUGUGUCCACGGUCUGUGUGCUUCUGGACUGAACGGGGACGGCCGCUGCACCUGCUUCUCUGGCUACAGAGGUCCCAGCUGUGACCAGGAGCUGCCGGAGUGCGCGGCCCUCAGCUGCCAGCAGAACUCUCGCUGCAUAGAAGAAGCUCUGACGGGACGGCUGGCGUGUCAGUGUUUGCCCGGCUUUGAGAAAUCUGGACCUCAGUGUUUACCCAAGAACCCGUGCCUCCAGCCGGUGUGCCACGCCCAGGCCUCCUGCGUCCACACCGGACCCGACCAGCACCAGUGUGCCUGCAACCAGGGCUACAGCGGAGACGGGCGGGUCUGCAUGCCCGUCAAUCCCUGCCAGACCGAGAACGGAGGCUGCUCCGCCGGGUCGGGCCGCUGCGUCUACGACGGACCCGGAAAGUCUCACUGUGAGUGUCUGCCGGGCUUUGAGCCGCUGGCAGAUGGAAGCUGCAGCCUGAAGGACGCCUGCCAGCCCGGUUCCUGCCACCGGAACGCCAACUGCACCACAGCGGGACCGGGCCAAGUCCAGUGCAGCUGUCUGCCGGGGUACGUGGGGAACGGCCAGCUUUGCUUUGGGAACAUCAUGGAGAGACUGAGGGAACUGAACACUCAGCCUGGGAAGGAGUGGAGCGGCCAGCUGAGCAACGCCAUCGCUCUGUUCGGUUCUGUGUCGUGGCCCCUGCAGAACUUGGGUCCCUUCACGGUUUUUGUUCCGGUCAAUAAAGGCUUCAGGGGACUUUCAAUAAAGACUCUGACUGCAGACUCGUCCAAAGCCAAGUACCUGUGUAACAUGCACCUGGUUGCUGGUGCAAUACCGUCCUCCACUCUGAAGAAAACCUCCGUCUUCUACAUGCUGUCAGGAAAAUCCGGAGAGACGGAAACGUCUGAUAGGGACGGCCAGCUGACAAUCCGCAUCCACGGCAGCAGGAGGAGAGGAAGCAUCAUCCAGUCCGACCUGGCAGCAUCCAACGGCGUCAUCCACAUCAUCAGCAAGCUGAUGGACAGUGUCCCCGCCACCGUGGAGAGCAGACCCCAUGAGAAUCUGAUGACCAUCAUCUCUGACUACGGAAAACUGGAGACGUUCAAGUCCCUCCUGGAGGAAACGGACCUGGCGUCUGUGAUGGACCUUCCAGGACCCGUCACGGUCUUCACUCCCACUGCUGCAGCCUUCGAUGCCAUGAAGGAGGGACACUUGCAGUUCCUGCGCAGCGCAAAGGGUCGCACCAAGCUGGUGGAGCUCCUCAGGAACCACAUCGUGCCGUCCACCUCGCUGGAGGUCUAUAACAUCGUAUCCAGCCCCACCGUGAGGACCAUGGCCAACCAGGCCCUGCUCAUCAAUCUGACAGAAAACGGUCAGAUUCUGGUGAACGGAGCGGCCGUCCUGGAGGCGGCCGUGGAGGCCAGCAAUGGACGUCUGUAUGUGAUGGAUGGAGUCCUGACUCCAGCCUCCAUCCAACCUCUGCUGCCCCACAGGUGUGACUCCACAGAGACCAGGACCGUUAAGGGUAAAUGUGUCAGUUGUUCCAAGGUGCACCUGUCGCAGUGCUCAUCAGGAGUCUACACGGGCUCCUUCACCUCCGGCUGUGUUUACACCUGGUCCUCUACACCGGCCCUCAGGUUGACAUCCAGAGGCUGCUCGCCCUCCUGCAACGUGACCGUGACGACUGCAGCGUGUUGUAAAGGCUUCUACGGUCCAGACUGCGCUCCCUGUCCAGGAGGCUAUCAGGCGCCCUGCUCCGGACACGGCCAGUGCAUGGAAGGCAUUGGAGGAAAUGGCUCGUGUGUCUGUGACCCAAGCUUCAGAGGCUCUCGCUGCCAGUACUGCUCCUCCUCCAGCAAAUACGGUCCAAACUGCGACAGAACCUGCCCCUGCAUCCACGGACAGUGUGACAACCGUCCAGACUCAGACGGACGCUGCAAGCUGGACUCCUGCCUCCAAGGUUUCACCGGUCGCUUCUGUGAGCGACGGACACAGAUCUGUGGAGUCCUGGCCCAGUUCUGCCACGCCCACUCUGACUGUGACUUCACUGAUGGACUGCCCAGGUGUGUUUGUAAACCUGGUUUCCAGGGCGACGGUAUCACCUGUGUGGAGUCGGACCCCUGUGCUCCACCUCUGAGAGGCGGCUGCAGCGUGAACGCUAAAUGCAUAAAGACAGGCCCAGGUACACACACCUGCCAGUGUCUGACCGGCUGGACAGAGGACGGAGACGAGUGUCGACCCAUAAACAACUGUGAUGGUCCUGACCGAGGAGGCUGCCACCACAACGCCUCCUGCAUCUAUGUGGGACCUGGACAGAGCGACUGCGCCUGCAGGUCCGGUUACCAUGGAGACGGCCUGCAGUGUGAGGCGGUUAACGAGUGCGUGACGGAAAACGGAGGCUGUCACUUCAGGGCCAGCUGUCUGCUGCUGUCCUCUCGGUGGACGUGUGUCUGUGAUGGCGGCUAUGUUGGAGACGGACACCUGUGCUACGGUACCAUCGACCAGGAGCUGAUGGUCCUGCAGAACGCCUCGGACUUCUUCACCUGGACCACGGUUUCUGGCCUGUCCAGCUCUUUGUCGGAUCAGAACCUGACCCUCCUGGUUCCCACCUCUGCUGCGAUCGCUCAGAUGUCCUCAGAGGACAGAAGCUUCUGGACGGCGAAGGGAAACUUGCCGAGCCUCAUCAGGAACCACGUGGUACCAGGCAUCUUCUCCUUGUCCACCCUGAGGAACGUCUCAUCCGUGACCUCUCUGCUGUCCUCAACUCUUCCUGUUUCAGCCAGCCAGGAGAUGACCUCCGUUGGAGGAGCGACCAUCAUGUCUUCAGACGGAGCGGCCACCAACGGCCUGAUCCACGUUAUUAACAAGGUUCUGGUUCCUGACAGGAAGCUGAGUGAAGGUCUGUUGGCCGUGCUGGCUCUGAGGCCGGAGUUCUCGCUCUUCAGAUCCGCCCUGAUGGACCACAACCUGACCGAGGAGAUGGAGCGGGCCGAGGAGUUCACCGUGUUCGCUCCGACAAACGCCGCCGUCACGCAGUACCUUCAGCAGACGGCAGCGCCGGCCUUGGAUGCCAACACAACCCGUUACCACGUGGUGCUGGCAGAGCGCCUGUUAAAGACCGACCUUCAGCCUGGAGGAUACAAGGAGACGCUCCUCGGAUCGCCCUUUCAGCUCGGCAUCUACCCCAGAGACGGAAAGCUGUUUGUGAACGACGCUCAGAUCAACUCGUCCAACCUUCUGUGUGCUAAAGGCGUGAUCCACACUCUGUCCGCCGUUCUGCACAUCAACAGGAAUCGCUGCGACAGACUCACCUACAGCAAAGUCCAGGGAACGUGUUCAAACUGCUUGUUACCCAGAACCCAGAAAUGUCCCAGUGGAACCAUCGCUGAUAAAUCAACAAGGAUGAGGAGGUGCCUGUUCAGACAAGUCGUUGAAGGAGAAUCGCACAUGACCAUUGGCUGCAUAGCCACCUGCCUCCAGAAGAACAUCGAGCUCAGGUGCUGUGACGGGUUUUUCGGGAAGCACUGUGAGCCUUGUCCCGGUCCAAAGGGCCAGGCCUGCUUUGGUAACGGACUCUGUUCAGAUGGAGUCAAUGGAACUGGAGUGUGUAGGUGUAACACAGAGUUCACCGGGACGGCCUGUGAAACCUGCCAGAGCGGCAAAUACGGAGUUCACUGCGACCAAGAGUGUCGGUGUAAGAACGGACGCUGUAAGGACGGACUGAACGGAGAUGGGACCUGCGAGUGUGACGUCGGCUGGAGAGGCGUCCACUGCGACGAACAAAUUCAGUCUAAAGCAGAUGAACUGUGUGGCUCAGUGAAAUGUCACAGCAGUGCAAACUGUGUGGUUCAAACAUCUGGAUCUCAGUGUCUCUGCGCUGCUGGGUUUGAGGGAAAUGGGACGUUCUGUAAAGCUGUAGACCCGUGUCUGGGGAACAACGGCGGCUGCAGCCUGGAUGCGGUUUGUAAAAGGACGCGACCCGGCAGCAGGGACUGCGUCUGUAAGAGCGGCUACGCUGGAGAUGGCUUUGUGUGUGUGGAGAUAAAUCCUUGUCUGGAGGGAAAUGGAGGGUGCCAUGCCAACGCAGACUGCAUCCAUGUUGGACCAAACAGAACUUCCUGCGUCUGCAACAACGGUUAUUCAGGAGAUGGACAGAACUGCAGCAUGGUCAACCUGUGUAAAAAGAAUAAUGGCGGCUGUCACAAGGCUGCCCAGUGCAACAUGACGGGCCCUGCCGUUCGCUCCUGCACAUGCCCAGAAAACUUUGUAGGAGAUGGUUUGAAGUGCAAAAGCUCGGUGGAGAAGGAGCUGAGGUUUAGGGGCUCCAACGACUUUUACUUCAGCCUGCUGGUGAUGCAGAUCAGCCUGAAAGGCCGCGGCCCGUUCACCGUCUUUGCUCCGAACGCUCAGGCCACGCAACACAACAACUCCUUCAAGGUAAAAUCUUUCUCCAAGAACAAAGAGAUCUACGCCAACGUCCUGCGCAGCCACAUCGUCAUGUGUCACACGCUGCUGCCCGACGACCUGAACCGAGUCCGAAACCUGACCUCUCUGUCUGGACUCGUCCUCACCACCGGCUCCACCCAGGGAAGGAUCACCAUCAAUGAGGCUAAUGUGACCAACAGCGACGACAUCAGUGCCAACGGCAUCAUCCAUGAAAUCGACAGCCUUCUGUUUCCACCCAACGUCAACAGGAACAACAUCCUGCUGAUCCCGGACCCGACCGAGCAGAAUCUGACAGACGUGGCGGAAAGACACGGUUAUAAAACCUUCUACAAACUGCUCCAGGACACAGGCGUCAUGGAGAUGAUAGAUGAAGCGAUCUACCAGCCAGUGACCAUCUUCCUGCCGUCUGAUGAUGCCAUGGCCUCCAUGCCCCAGCAACAGAAGGACUUCCUGUUGCACCAACAUAACCGAGCUCAGCUGCUGGAGUACCUGAAGUACCACGUCAUGAUAAGCCAGAAGGUCUAUGCAGAAGGACUGAUCUACCUGGAGUCCGCUCGGACUCUGCAGGGUUCCUCUCUGUCGUUCUCCUGCGGCGGUUCUGAUGACAUUGGAGAAAUCUACGUCAACGACAGAUCCUGUCGGAUCACUGAGCGCCAUCUUGUCUUCAGAGCUGGUAUUGCGUAUGGAAUAGACUGCCUCCUGACCCCGCCCAGCCUCGGGGGGCGCUGUGACGAACAGACAGUGUUGGAUCUGAAGAUGAACUGUGGUCCGUGCACAAGAUCUGUCUGUCCCAGAGGAACUGUAAAGAAGGAGGUCCAGAACUGUGAUCUUCCCUCCUUGUUCAUCAGCAAAAACUCUGGCUGUCGACCCAUCUGUACCGUCAACUUCUGGAAUCCAAAGUGCUGUCCUGGUUUCUACGGGAGAGACUGUCUGGUGUGUCCAGGAGGAGCCCACCGUCCCUGCAGUAACCGAGGGAACUGUGACGACGGUCACCUGGGUAACGGUACCUGUACCUGCCACGCUGGUUUUGACGGCACAGCCUGUGAGAUGUGCAGCAGUGGGUUCUACGGCCCCAGCUGUAAAGCCUGUAACUGCUCCACUCACGGGUCAUGUGACGACGGCCUGCGGGGGACCGGUCUGUGUUUCUGUGAGGAAGGAUGGACUGGAGAACGAUGCCACGUUCAGCAAACUGAGCUCUUCCAGUGCUCUCCACCCUGCUCUCCUAAAGCCGUCUGUCAGGAAAACAACACCUGCGUCUGCCGGCUGUUUCAUGUGGGAGACGGACGCACCUGCACAGUGGUGGACAUGUGUAAGAUCUGGAACGGCGGCUGUGCUAGAGAAGCUAAAUGCUCCCAGAAAGGAGGGAAGGUGAACUGCACGUGUCCUCAGGGUUACUCUGGGGACGGCUUCACCUGUCUACCUGUGGACCCCUGCGCCAGCGGGGACAACGGCGGCUGCCACGAACACGCCACCUGCACCAUGACGGCUCCGGGGAAGAGAAGGUGCACCUGUAAGGACAGCUACGUUGGAGACGGAGUCACCUGUGACGUCAAACAGCUGCCAGUCAGCCGCUGUCUCCAGGACAACGGACAAUGCCACCCGGAUGCUAAAUGUACCGACCUCCACUUUGAAGAUGCAACGCUCGGCGUGUUUCACUACCGCUCAGUUAGAGGUCAGUACAAACUGAACUACACAGCAGCUCAGCAGGGCUGCAGGGCAGAGGGAGGCGGACUGGCUACCUACACUCAGCUCUCCUACGCUCAGCAGGGCGGAUUGAACAUGUGUACCGCCGGCUGGUUGGACCAAGCCCGGGUCGCCUAUCCCACCACCUACUCCAACCCCAACUGUGGCUUCGGGCAUGUGGGCAUCGUGGACUACGGUACCCGCAAAAACCUGAGUGAGACCUGGGAUGCCUUCUGCUACAGGAUGAAGGAGGUGCAGUGUGAGUGUAAACCAGGUUACAUUGGAGAUGGAUUCAGCUGUGCAGGGAACCUCCUGCAGGUCCUCAGGUCUACCCCCACCUUUUCCAACUUCCUCAUACAAAUCCUGAACUACUCCGAGGUGUCAGAGUCUGGCCAAAAGUUUUUGAAGCGUCUCAGUAACCCAGAAGUUCAGUCCACCUUGUUCGUACCUGAAAACGGUGGCCUGCUGGAGAACCUGACCCUGAGCCAGCGGGACAUCGAGUUCCACCUGUCUGAGGGUAAGGCUCUUCCUCUGAGCCAACUGAGGAACAACAGUCGGAUCAGGACCCGGGUUGGUAGUCUGACGGUCCUUGGAGUUGCCAACCUUCUCAACCCUUCUGACCUGGCAUCGUGUUACAUCAACGACCGCUUUGUCACCAUCUCUGAUGUUCCUGCUUCAAACGGGAUCAUCCAUGUCCUCCAGGGACCUCUGGCAGCUCCUCCUCCCCAUCAAGAUGUCCGUGUGGCCCACAAGGCCGGGAUGAGAGCCGGAGUGGUUCUUCUGAUCCUUCUGGUGGUCGGAGCCGUCUUUGUUGGAUAUCGGUUCUACAGACAAAGCAGAAAACCCUUCCAGUUUCACUACUUCAAGGACGACGACAAAGAAGAGGAACCGGCAGCAGAAACAGCAAACUACAGCCGCAGCAUCUCCAACCCCGUUUAUGAAGCAGGUCCAGAACCAGCAGAACCAGGACAGUCCUGGUCCAGUGCAUCUGGUGCCACAGGCAGUCUCCAGCCAUCUGUGAAGGUGGAGGACCGACACGAGGUGGUGAACGGAGGAUCGUAUGACCUGCUGCAGGACAGCUGAGCGUGCUGCUGCUCUCUGCUGGACCAGAACCAGACUGGGACUCAGGCGUCCUACCAGAACCUGAAGCUACCAGAACCUGAAGGGCGGAGUCAUUUCUGCAGGUCCCAGUCUACCUGCACAGGGUGUGUUCAGGUGCUGGAACAAACUGAUGCUCACAUGUAAAAGUUCUGACCCGACUGAUUGUGGUUCUGUUUGAGUUCUGGGAAUAAAGUAACAAGCUGAUCCAA